AUGGCCACUAAUUUAUUGGCCACUCGUGGUGCCUUUGAAGCUAUGAGUGAUCAGUUCAAUCAAAUGACACAAUUACCAACCAAUCAAAUAGAUACAACUUCUUCUAGUACUAAUAAUUGGCGAAUUGGCUUGACAACUCCUACUCAAUCGUCGUUUGCUGAAAAUAUGGUAUCGACAAGUUUGAUGCCUCUUGACUCGGAUUCAUAUCCUAUUAUGGCCGAACAAACAAGUUCAGCCAAUAAUAAUAGUAAAAAUAAUAACUUUGAAAGUGCUGACGGUUAG